AUGAACUCCUCCAACCAACCAGGAGCUAAAUCUUCUUCAGGAACCAUCCUGGCACUAGCCGGAGCCAAAAUUCUGUGCAGUGAUGAUGUUAGAAUGGGAGGUCAGAGAUCAGGAUUGGACCCUGGAGAAUCCAGCAUGACAGGAAGACCAGCAGGAGUGUUGGAGGAGAAGGAGAAGAAGGGUAAACAGCCCCAUGUGAUUGUCUUGACACAAUGUCUCAUAUGUUUCUUCCAGGAGGCCCUUGCGGUGGUCACCGAGGACCACACGAUGUUCACCAUGAUGAAGACAGAGAUACCUGAUGACUAUUCUUCCAGCAUUAAGGACCGUACAAACCUACCAGAGCCGGCGUGGAUGACUACCGGUAACCGCCAGCAGAACAUCAAACAGGAGGCGGAGGAGCAAAUCAGGACCAGACUCCCCCCAGGCGGGGUACCCGUAUUAGAUGUAAAUAAAUCAGAAGAAGAAAGUGAGACCCCACAUGUAAACUACCAGACCACCUAUCCCGACACCACGAGCACCGGGACCGAGUCACCGAACCACAUCAACGGCAACGAGGAAAAGAGGGUAAUCGUACCCGCAGACCCCUUGGCGUGGACGCAGGACCAUGUGGCGCAGUGGCUGGACUGGGCGGUGAAGGAAUAUGGACUGAUGGAUGUGAAUACGUCAUUGAUGCAGGGAGUGGAUGGGAAGGAGUUGUGCAGGAUGAGUCGGGAGGAUUUCCUACGUAUGGCGUCAUCUUACAGUUCUGAGAUGCUGAUGUCACAUCUCGCAUAUCUCCGCCAAAACAGCCCAACAUUCACGUAUUCCGUGGUCUCCGCUCCUCCUGUGACCCCGAGGAACCCAGUGAAGACAGAGCCUCUAUAUGACGACACGCGGAGAGCGAGCUGGGGCUCCAUCAACAACUCCAUCCACAGAGGUUCUCCGCCCCAGACACCAUCCAUCACUAUACGUAACACGCCAGAUCCGUAUCAGGUGUUGGGGCCGACGAGCAGCCGCCUGUCUAAUCCAG